AAGACCGACAGAAAGAUGAUAAUUAAAUCCGCAAUCAUCUUUACUAUUGUGGGUAUGAUAUCUGGUCGCAACUACUACCAAGACAGGAUACCAAACGGUCACUUCGUACCAAACCCAUGUGGAACAUCUCAAUACUGGAAUACUGUAGGACAUCUCAAUCCAGCUCACCACACACACUUGAAAAAUAUCUUUGGUAAUGAAUUUAGAGCGAAUGGACAUGUAUGGAAUCAAGUGUUUUGUCAGAUGGAUUCCGAUAAAGAUGGAAAAUCAAAUGGUGAGGAGCUCGGAGAUCCGAAUUGUACUUGGCAACCUGGGCAAACACCAGACGGCAACGCCAUUGGUCAUCCAGGUAUUUGUGAACCUGUAGGAGAUGCCAGAUGUUCGUACCAAAACUUCGCCUGUAACUGUUUUGAACAUUGUAGUGGAGUAGAUGGUUAUCCCUAAGCUGGACAAUAAAGUGUUAAGAAAAUCA